CUGAACCCAUCCAAUCCCGCACCUGCCUAAACUAUGGGAUGCUCCUGGCUCUGGAGGGUCUUUGUGAUGACAUGAGCACAGAAAUGAGAGAAUGGCCAUUGGAUGAGCGCAUCUGACAUCCCCAAAGGAACCCUGGAUGCUGCGAGACACAGACGGGACGCGACGAGGACCACCGCCAUUCUCCCAACAUCCAGAAGCGGAAAAAUGCAACGAAGUAGGUCAUUCACGCAUAGAUACCUACGCAUGCACCCAGCUCUCUCUCUUUCACACACACACAUAAACACUCACUCACUGUACAUCACUGAUGAGUGAACAUACACACAACAGCACCAUCUCACAGCGUGCUCACAGCACUCUUAGACCGCAGCAUCCUUCAGGAGCACAAAGGACACCAGACAACAACACAAAACCAGCAGAAGGAAACCAGGACUGUCCUUUUACACAUGAGCACAGAAUUUAAAAGGUUUAAAAGCUAAGAAAAUAGAGCAAGUAGAACAAUGCACAGUGUGUUUUGUUUAAAGGAGCACUGAUUUACAUAUCUCCAACAGUGACCUGACCCAUCCUGAGUGUUCAUGACAGUUGUUGUUUUGUCUUAUAAUGGAGGCAUGCAUUUUUGGAAUCUCAAUGGACAAGGAAUAAUUUCGUAGCUACUACAUCCUGAUUCAGUGGAGAGAUCUGGACGCAGCGUUUGGAUGCAGGAACAUGAGGACACGCAGCGGGGCACCAGCAGUGCCCAGGUUGGGGUACUUCCAGCGGGGCGGGGCAGCAGUACGGGCGGAGUCCCGGUGGAGGACAUGCAGGCACUGUCAAUCACCUCUCUCUCCAACUCUGAAGUAGAACAGCAGUAUGAGCUGAUUGGUCCUCUUGGGAAGGGCACCUAUGGAAAAGUUGAUCUGGUGGUGCACCGGACACAGGGCACUAAACUCGCUCUGAAGUAUGUGAGUAAGAACAAGACAAAGUUGCGUAGUUUUUUGCGUGAAUACAGCCUGACUGUCGCGCUGGGCUGCAGUCCGUUCAUCAUCAAAGUUCUGAACAUUCUGUUUGAGACAGAGGACAGCUAUGUGUUUGGUCAGGAGUAUGCACCUGCGGGAGACCUGUUUGACAUUAUCCCACCUCAGGCCGGUUUGCCGGAGGAAAUGGUCAAACGUUGCGUUCAGCAGCUGGGUUUAGCUUUAGACUUCAUGCACAGUAAAAGUUUCGUUCAUCGAGAUGUGAAGCCAGAAAACGUUCUCCUUUUCGACCACGAGUGUCGACGUGUCAAAUUGGCUGAUUUAGGAAUGACUCGUCGGGCGGGCAGCAGAAUCAAACGAAUCAGCGGUACCAUCCCCUACACAGCGGCCGAGGUGUGCCAGGCCUCGGUAUCAGAGGGUAUCGUUGUGGCAACGACCCAGGAUGUUUGGGCAUUUGGAGUUCUGCUGUUCUGCAUGCUUACGGGAAACUUUCCUUGGGAAGUUGCAUUGCCUAGCGAUGCAUUCUUUUCAGAGUUUCAGCGCUGGCAGCGGGGGGCGUGUCCGCCUGGCGCCGUACCGUCCCAGUGGCGGCGUUUUUCUGAUGAUGCGCUACGCAUGUUUGGCCGGUUGUUGGCGCUGGAGCCAGAGCGGCGCUGCGGUGUUAAAGAAGUGUUUUACUUCCUGAAAUAUGACCUGCUGAAUCAUCAUCGCCAUAGAGCUUCCUGUCGGGCGUCAAAGAGAAGUUCCACACGUUGCUCCACCCACCGACAUGCAGAGCCUUCCCCUCCUUCUGGCACUUCUUGUCUACGCCCCACCCCCCUCAAACGUAGCAUCCUGUCCGAGCCACAUUCUUCUAGAGAGGAUACAUCCAAAAGUCCAUCUCCGAACCGUCAAGACAAGAGUAAAAUGAUGAUGACCACUCCAAUUGAAAUUUGUGUAUGAAGCCAAUACCGCAGGUCUCAAAGUAUGGUUUUUACUGGACGACCUGAAGUUUUUCAAUUAAUAUUACUUUAACUGGGAAAAAUAGUCCUUCCCAUGUUUACUAGAAGGCAAGAACGACAGCAGACUCCAUAUUUCAUGAUAGGAGUCUACAGCACACACUACCAUAAAUGUUGGUCCUAAAAACUCUAAACCUGGUAACUCUGAAACUCUCCUGGUUUAGGAUUAAAAAAUGAUAGGAAAUUCAAGCAAUCUUUGUAGAUUUGUCACUUAAGUACUGAAUUAAACAUAAUCGCUUUAAUUUUAAAGGAAGAGUUCACCCAAAAACGAAAAGUCUGUCAUCAUGUACUCACCCUCGGUUUUUUCCAUAUUGGUUACAGGGGACGACAAUCUCCAAAAGUGACAAAAAAGCAUCUUUAAAGUAGUCCAUACAACUUGUGAGCUAUAUUUUUCUGAAGGCAUAUGAUAGUUUAGUGGGAGAAAAAGACAUACAAAAAAAAGUCGAUGAUGAUCUCAUCUUUUCUUCACAUAAGGAUAUGUUGCAUCAAUUUAAAUAUCAACUAUGUCAAAUUGUUGACAACACUUGAGUUAAAUGAGGUUUUGAAAUUCAAAUCUGGGCCUUUACUUCACACAAAGCUAUUAUAUGGCUCCAAAAGACUUGAAAUAAAGUGCACUAUAUAGUAUAGACUAGUUUUAAGGUGCUUUCUUUGUCAUUUUUGGAGCUUUUUCAAUGACAUUUUCUAAAUUACAUGAGAGUGAGAAAAGAUGGCAGAAUUUUCAUUUUUGAGUGAACUAACCCUUUAAAGGGAUAGUUCAUUCAAAAAUGAAAAUUGUUUCAUCAUUUACUUACCCUCAUGCCAUUCCGGAUGUGUAUGAUAUUUUUUCUUCUGCAGAGCACAUAUGAAGAUUUUUAGAAGAAUAUUUCAGCUCUGUAGGUCCUCACAAUGCAAGUGAAUGGGUGCCAAAACUUUGAAGCUCCAAAAAGCACAUAAUGGCAACAUAAAAGUAAUCCAUACAACUCCAGUGGUUUAAUCCAUGUCUUCAGAAGAAAUAUGAAAGGUGCGGGUGAGAAACAGAUCAAUAUUUAUGUCCUUUUUUACUAUAAAUCUCCACUUUCACUUUCAAACUCUGAAAAUGAAAGUGAAAGUGGAGAUUUAUGGUAAAAAAAAAAAAAAAAAAAAAAGAUAUAUCAAAUAAUAUGAAAUAUUGAUGUGUUUCUGACCCAAAGUGACUGCAUCGCUUCAAACCACUGGAGUCCUAUAGAUUACUUUUAUGCUGCCUUUAUAUGAUAUUUUGAGCUUGAGAGGUCUGGCCACCAUUCAUUUGCUUAAAUAUUCUUCUAAAAAUCUUUGUUUGUGUUCAGCAGAAGAAAGAAAGUCAAACACAUCCGGGAUGGCAUGAGUGUGAAUAAAUGAUGAGAGAAUUUUCAUUUCUGGGUGAACUAUCCCUUUAAUGUAAUGUGGCUUCCAUUACUUCACUUUUAGUGCAUUAAAAACCCAAAAGUUCCCUGAAGAAGGGAAGAUAUUUCCCACACAAUCUUUUCAUUGUGGAGGCUCAUCAUCAUGUGACUUUUAAACCAGCCUAUGACAGAAUCAUCCAUCUGCACCAAUAGAAGAAUAAGAUUUAUUUUAUACUGGACUAAGAGACAAAAAUUAAAACAGAACUCGAUGCCAUGUUGACUUGGAGACAUUACUGCCUAUUUCAUGAACUUUUGAAAGACACAAAUACACAGAAAGACAUUCUUUAAAGCUUCCUCUGCUGUACGUUUAGAGUUUUUAAGAAUAACAGCACAGUCUCUGUAGAUUACAGGGAUUUUAUUAUGUGUGUUUGUAGCUGAUGUGUAUAUUCAAGCACUAACUUUCCAUGAAAUCUUUGAAGAAAUCCUUCAGGAGCUGUUAAUUUUUGUGGGAGUUUUUUUAACUGUUCUGAUCUUAACAGCUCAAGUGAAACCAAUUUUCUGUGUUUUUAUAUAAUGGGUCAAUUAAGCGAGAAAAGCCUCAAGGGAUUGCUCAAAAACAAAAGAACAUCUGCUCUCUAGGACAUUGUUACAGUGCUUUGUCAGGUAUAGUGCUAAUUUGUAGAGAAAGGAAGAAUAAACUAUCACUUAAUUUAAACAGAGAUUACUUUUAGUCUUAAACUAAUGUCUCACCCCCCCCCAAAAAAAAAACAAAACAAAAAAAAACAUCUGGAUUAUUUUGGAACAACAUGAGGGUGAGUAAAUAAUAAGGGGUUAUUUGUAAUUAUUUUAUGUACUCUUCCUUUAGUUAAAGUGUAUGUUUAAAUAUAGAUAUAGAAGAAUAUUAGAUAUUGAUUGUGGCAGUAGAGAACUGUUAAAGUCUUAACAUAUUUGAGGAUACUUUGCAAAGUAGCACAAGUAAUUUUCUCAUUAACAACAUGCUCAUAGGACAGACUAUAAGAAGUGCUACAAACAAUAUGGUGCUCUGUCAUACAUGCAAACGACUAGUUGAUGUUAUGAAACAAUAACAAUCAUACAAUAGUUUAAUAGUUAUGGAUUUUGUUCUUGUUAGUCACUGACUUUUGUAAAAAGAAUAUAGUUGAAAAUUACCUUGGAAUAUCAACUCAAAGAAACAGCUGGUGUUUAUAAAUAUAAAAUUAAUAAAUAUACAUAAAACUGGAUGUUAUUUAGCUGCUGUGAGUAGGAAUUGUCAUAGAUUGUUCUGACUGAUAAUCAGCUAAUUAAACAUCUUAAAUGCA